GUUGUAAAUAUGAAAUAUUUUCACCUUGGCUGACAAGAAGCCGUGCAAUGCGCGCAAAAACGAAAUUCGUCUCAUCAACUUCCACACCAUGAAACAUCCCUUCGUUUGCUCUUCUCAGAGGCUUUCUCUCUCUAGAUUCGCUCUCAAAUUCACACUCGCUUCUUUCAAUUUCUUCAUCAAUAGUGAAAGCAUCGGAUGCCAUUAAUGGUGAGCUUUCAAUUUGUUUCUUAUAUUAAUCCAACAUUUGGAGAAACAAAUCUCAUCUUUGUGGCGCUUAAUUGUUGUUAGUGUUGCUUGUUACUCAAAUAAUCUAGAGCGAGAGAGAGAGAUAAAGUUUUGUUGAAAAUUCAAUUGAAAUUUAUCAAAAUGAGUUUGUCGUCAGCUCAAUACGAUCUGUCAUUUAAGAUCUUGUUGAUCGGAGAUUCUGGUGUCGGCAAAAGUAGUCUUCUCGUCAGUUUCGUUUCCAAUUCUCUCGAGGAUAUUUCCCCUACUAUUGGGGUUGACUUCAAGAUCAAACAGCUUAUAGUUGGGGGAAAGAGAUUAAAGCUUACAAUUUGGGACACUGCUGGACAAGAAAGGUUUAGGACAUUGACAAGCUCUUACUACAGAGGUGCUCAAGGCAUCAUUCUUGUGUAUGAUGUUACAAGGAGAGAUACAUUCACAAGCUUGUUAGACAUUUGGGCUAAAGAAGUCGAGCGGUACUCCACUAAUCAAGAUUGUGUCAAGAUGCUCAUUGGAAAUAAAGUUGACAAAGAUGCAGAAAGAUUUGUAAGCAAGGAAGAAGGUGUUUCCCUCGCGAAAGAACUUGGAUGCUUAUUUUAUGAGUGCAGUGCAACAACUCUAGAAAAUGUACACCAAUGCUUCGAAGAGCUUUCAUUGAAGAUAAUGGAAGUUCCUAGCCUUGUUGAAGAAGGGUCUACAAUAGUGACAAAAAAUUUACUAAAGCCCAAGUCUGAAGAUCACACAACAACUAUGGACAGCUGUUGCUCAUAAAAAGAACAAUAAAUGAUAAAGAAAAAUGUCUAAAAAAACUAUAAGUUGUUUUUUUCUUUUUAUUUUAGUUUCGUGUUUUGUUUGUUGUGUGUAUUGUUGUAAAAGAAAAAGAAGAUGCUGAUGAUUUAGAGGUAGUG